AUGGCUUCACCAUCGUAUGGGCCUUUGUCAAUCGUGUGCUUUUUGACACUAUUGUUUCUUUUAAUAAACACUGUGCAACCACUCUGUCAUGGCGUUGAGAGAUCUGCCUUGUUGCAUUUCAUGCAAAGCUUUUCCAUCAGCAACAACGCUUCCAUUAGUUCUUACGCUUAUCCAAAGACUGCAUCAUGGAAGAUCAGAGGAGAAAGCAGUGAUUGUUGCUUAUGGGAUGGCGUCGAGUGUGAUGAGGACACUGGCUAUGUUAUUGGCCUUGACCUCGGAGGUAGUUCUCUCCAUGGUUCUAUCAACUCCACAAGCAGCCUUUUUCAACUUGUUCACCUUCGAAGGCUUAACCUGGGGGGUAAUGACUUCAAUUAUUCUCAAGUUCCAUCUCGACUUGCCCUUCUCUCAAGUCUAACAUACCUCAACCUUUCCAAUUCUAUGUUCUACGGUGAAAUUCCCUUAGAAAUCACAGAAUUGUCUCACUUGACUUCUCUUGAUCUUGGUCGAAAUGUUGACUCAUCUGCAAGAAACUUGUUAGAACUCGGAACCUUCGACUUGAGAAGGCUAGCUCAAAGCUUCACCGGGCUUGAGCAACUUGAUCUCAGCUCGGUUAACAUUUCUUCUACCGUGCCUGAUGCCCUCGCAAAUUUGUCUUCAUUGACAUUUCUCAAUCUCGAGGACUGCAAUUUACAGGGUCUAAUUCCAUCAUCCUUCGGUGAUCUCACCAAACUAGGCUAUCUAAAUCUUGGACACAACAAUUUUUCAGGUCAGGUUCCUCUUUCGUUGGCAAACCUAACCCAACUUGAAGUGUUAUCUUUGUCUCAAAACAGUUUCAUCUCCCCAGGUUUGUCUUGGCUAGGAAACCUAAACAAAAUUAGAGCUUUACAUCUUUCAGACAUCAAUUUAGUUGGUGAAAUCCCUUUAUCUCUUAGGAACAUGACCCGACUUAGUCAAUUACAUCUCUCCAAUAAUCGAUUAACAGGGAAAAUUCCAUUAUGGAUCUCGAACCUUACCCAGCUCACACUCGUGCAUCUUAGACACAAUGAGUUGCAAGGUCCAAUUCCAGAGUCUAUGUCCAAACUUGUGAAUCUAGAAGAGCUCAAAUUGGAGUACAACCACUUGAGUGGCACUAUAGAAUUCAGCAUGUUUGCUAGUCUCAAACACCUAACAAUGCUCCAAAUACGCCGUAACAAUUUGACUGUGCUCACUAAUAUCAGUGAUAACACUACACUUCCAAAGUUUAAGUAUUUGGCAUUAGGUGACUGCAACUUAAGUGAGUUUCCAGAUUUCAUCAGGAGCCAAGAUGAGUUGAUCUACUUGCAUCUAGGUCGCAACAGGAUUCAAGGCCACAUACCGAAAUGGCUAGGGGACAUAGGUCACAAAACUCUCUCGAUUUUGAUUCUCCGAAACAAUCUUUUCAUUGGCUUUGAGCAAUCAUGGGAGCUUUCUCUUUUGACGAAGCUACAGUGGCUAGAACUCGAUUCUAACAAGCUUGAAGGUCAACUCCCGAUUCCACCACCUUCCCUCAUCGGUUAUAGUAUUUCGAAUAACUCUCUGACAGGAGAAAUUUUACCAUCUCUGUGUAAUUUGCGAUCUCUUGGUUUCCUUGAUUUGUCUUACAACAAAUUGAGUGGCAUGUUUCCAAACUGUUUAGGCGACUUCAGUGAUUCGCUGCUUGUAUUGAAUCUAUCAAACAAUUUCUUCCAUGGAAGAAUUCUUCAAGCAUUCAGAGAUGAAAGCAACUUGAGAAUGAUUGAUCUAAGUCACAAUCAACUGGAGGGUCAGCUGCCAAGAUCAUUAACAAAUUGCAGGAUGAUGGAGAUUUUGGAUUUGAGUUACAAUAGAAUUAGCGACAAAUUCCCAUUUUGGUUGGCAAAUCUUCCUAAGCUGCAGGUGCUCAUUUUGCGAUCUAACCAAUUCUUUGGAUCAAUAAAAAGCCCUGAUGCCAUGUUAGAGUUUCGCAAGUUGCAAAUCAUUGACCUCUCCUACAACAAUUUUACGGGUAUCUUGCCAUCAGAGUUCUUUCAGACCCUGAGAAGUAUGAGAUUCUCUGAUCUUAAGGAGUUCACAUAUAUGCAGACAAUCCAUACUUUCCAGUUGCCCGUUUAUUCCAGGGAUUUUACUUACAGAUACGAAAUUAACUUGGCAAACAAAGGCGUGUAUAUGAAAUAUUGGCAGAUCCCAAAUGUGAUUGCAGCCAUUGACCUCUCAAGCAAUGCAUUCCAAGGAGAUAUUCCACAAUCCAUUGGGACACUUGAGAAGGUUAAUGCGCUUAACCUUUCAAAUAACCAUCUCUCAGGUGACAUCCCGUCAGUGUUGGGGAACCUCGCAAAUCUUGAAUCAUUAGACCUUUCACAAAACAUGAUCUCUGGAGAGAUCCCUCAGCAUUUGACGCAGCUCACAUUCCUAGCAUACUUCAAUGUCUCUCAUAAUCAAUUGGUGGGUCCUAUACCACAAGGAAAACAAUUUAAUACUUUCGAUAACAGUUCAUACGAAGGUAACUCAGGAUUGUACAUGAAACAUUUGCCAAAGAAAUCCGAAUGUUCUGAACCUCCACAGCAUCCAAACUUGCCAAAACAUCAAAGCUCCAAUAAUAUUCUUCCAAAAGAUAUUGAAUGGAUAGCAGUUGUGAUCGGAUAUGGAAGUGGACUUGUGGUAGGAGUGGUUGUUGGAUUGAGAGUUUCCGCAAGAAUACCUGAAUGGUUUGUGAAGACGUUUGGAAGGACGCAAGGCAACCGAAGGAGAAGAGAGGUUAGGGGCGUGCGCCGUUGA